AUGAAAGAUAAAUUAGACCUUAAACCUCUUAUCUCCACUCGUAACUUUUUAGCCGAAAUUAUCCAAAAUGCCAAAAAUGACUAUGAGAAGGCAGGAGCAAUCCAAGCCUUUGAAGUUAGUUUUGAGUUGGCUAAAAAUGUAAUGAGAAAAGUUUUAUUACUAAGAGCUCAGGAAACCCCCAUCACUCCCAAAGAAAUUUUUCGUUUGGCAACCCUAGAAAAUUUGAUUGAUAAUGCGGAAUUAGAUUCCUUAAUUACAAAAGGAACUGCUCGAAAGUUCUCUGAUCUCGAUCUUUGCUAUCAAGACAAUUUAUCAGACGCAUUAGUUUUUCAAAUUGAAGAAGAAUUUAAAGAAAGCGAUUUGCCUUUUCUAGUCGAGUUAGUCAGUUGGAAAAGAAUGAGUCCUCAAUUUCAAGGAUUAAUUAAGAAAGAUUUAGUAGAGAUUAAUUAA